GCUCCUCGCUGGAGCCCUCAGAACCGUGUGGGCGGGUUGUCGGUUGGAACUCCGGGCUGGAGGCUCCUCCUGACACUCAUUGAGCGUUGUUUGCUGUCUGAACUCCAGUUUGAAACAUCCGCACAUCACCAACCUGACAACAGAGAGAGGGAAUACAACAAAAAACACCGAAAACACCCCGUAGACGAGGGAGAAGAGCGGCUGUGAGCCAAGGAGCGGACGUUAAAACCAGGGUGAUGGCGGUUCCGUACGAGGGUCAGUCGUUCUCUGCUCUGAGGAGACAGUGUCAGCAGAACGGACAUCUGUUUGAAGACCCUCUGUUCCCCACGACCGACCAGUCUCUGUUCUACCAGAGCAACCGCAUCGGCAGAGUCACCUGGAAGAGACCGAAGGAGUUGUGCAGCGACCCUCAUCUGUUUGUGGACGGCAUCAGUGCCCACGACCUGCACCAGGGCCAGCUGGGAAACUGCUGGUUCGUGGCCGCCUGCUCCAGUCUGGCCUCCAGAGAGGCGCUAUGGCAGAAGGUGAUUCCAGACUGGAAGGACCAGGAGUGGGAUAAAGAAAAGCCAGAUUCCUACGCCGGGAUCUUCCACUUCCGGUUCUGGCGGUUUGGUGAGUGGGUGGACGUGGUGAUCGACGACCGGCUGCCGACAGCGAACGGAGAGCUGAUUUACUGUCACUCCAACGACAGCAACGAGUUCUGGAGCGCGCUGGUGGAGAAAGCCUACGCCAAGAUGUGCGGAUGCUAUGAGGCGCUGGAUGGGGGCAACACGGCCGACGCUCUCGUAGAUUUCACUGGUGGUGUGUCGGAGCCAAUGGACUUGACGGAGAACGGGUUCAAAGAUGAUGAAGAGAAACGCAACGAGCUGUUUGAGAGAGUCCUGAAGGUCCACAACAGAGGAGGCCUCAUCAGCUGCUCGAUCCGGGCGACCAGCGCAGCAGACAUGGAGGCCAGGCUGGCCUGCGGCCUGGUGAAGGGCCACGCCUACGCGGUGACAGACGUCCGCAGGGUGAGGCUGGGACACGGCCUGCUGGCUUACUUCAAGUCAGACAAACUCACCAUGAUCCGCAUGAGAAACCCCUGGGGACAGAAAGAGUGGAACGGACCCUGGAGCGACAGCUCUGAAGAGUGGCAGAAGGUCAGUAAGAGUGAGAGGGAGAGGAUCGGCGUCACCGUGCAGGAUGACGGAGAGUUCUGGAUGACGUUUGAUGACUUCAUCGCUAACUUCACAGACCUCAUCCUGUGUCGUCUCAUCAACACGUCCUACCUGAGUUUCCAUAAGACCUGGGAGGAGGCCGUGAUGCGCGGCUCCUGGCGCCGCAACGACGACCCGCUUCUCAACCGAGCCGGUGGCUGCAUCAACAACAAACACUCCUUCCUCCAGAACCCACAGUUCGUGUUUGACGUGACGAAACCGGAGGAUGAGGUGCUGAUCUGUCUGCAGCAGAAAGACCGCAGAGCCACGCUGAGAGGAGGACGAGGAGAAAACUUGGCUAUUGGCUUCGACAUACACAGGGUGGAGUUCAACAGGAUCUACCGUAUGCACGUCACCCAGCAGAAGGUUGGUGGGAGCACCUACAUCAACUCGAGGUCCGUGUUCGUACGGACCGACCUGCCACAGGGCCGCUACGUCAUCAUACCCACGACCUUCGACCCCGGCCUGGAGGGAGAAUUCCUGCUCCGCAUCUUCACAGACGUGCCCGCCGACUGCAAGGAGUUGACUCUUGAUGAGCCUCCACACACCUGCUGGUCCGGGUUGUGCGGUUAUCCCUCUCUGGUCACUCAGGUCCACAUUCUGCAGGCUAACGGACUCGCAGCUCAAGACUCAGAUGGAGCUUCAGACCCCUACGUGAUAAUCCGAUGUGAAGGACAGAAGGUUCGCUCUCCGGUCUACGAAAACACACGCAGCCCCGCCUUCAACACCAAGGGGCUCUUCUACAGGAAGAAAGCCAACCAGCCAAUCAGCAUCGAGAUCUACAACCACAACGUGCUGAAGGAUUCCUUCAUGGGUCAGGUGACGUUGCCGGGGGAACAAGGUGAAUACCAGCAGACGCUUCACCUGAGGGACAAGGGCGAUCGUCGUGACAACGACCUCCCCGGAACCAUCACCGUCGCCAUAGUGACCAGCACGGUGCUCACCAACAUCUGAGACCAACCUGGUAACCCGUCCAAUCAGCUGUCAGAUCUGUCGCUCUUUCAUUUAACACACAGUUUAUGUCAUUUCUGCCACUUGUUGUCUGUCAAUCAAUCUCUCAAUUUUAAAAGACGGAGUUUGAUGCCAAUGCAAAGUCGUGUGGGAUCAUUGGAGUUGUUGUUGACUUCAACUUCCUCACUGUGAAGUUUCGUCUGAUGUUUACACAGCAGUUAUAGCAGCUGCAGGAGGAGAUAGGCAACCAAAUUACCGUUAACUUGCAUAAUAUUUCGGAUUUCUCUGGUUUGAACAUAGUUGAGAAUGUUUGGGUUUAUGCCAAAACACAACUCAGAAAUAUAUAACAGUCUGGUUGUUUUUAGACAUUUUAAUGCAUGUUAUGUUAGAUACCUUUAAAGUUUACCAAAUUACCAGUUUGCCACAACUUUUGGCUGUAAGUAAAUAUUUGUCAGGAAUCGAGGGUUUAGAUUUGAAAGUUUACUUCAUGAAGUAAGAAGAACACAAGAAACCUGAUUCUCUGUCUGUGUUUUAAUUUGAUGCCCAUAAAUGUGUUUACAUACUGAUUUUAAAGUGCCUGUAUCGGGUUAUUUGAAUAUCCUGAAAUAGUAUCUGAGAGAGAAAUUUCAAAUGAUUUUUAUCUUAUAAAUAUUGUUUACAGUUCUUUAAGUAACUUUUUCCUCUGAUCGAGCUAAUGUUGUGUCUAUCAACCACUACUUUGUAUAUUUGUUAUUCUACCGUUUCAUCUGUUUUACCGUAUUUCCUCAAACAAACACCAAGAGUCAGAUAAUGUCCGGGGGACGUUAUCGUCAGGAAUAAACAAAGGUUGUCCCUGAAUACAGUCCAGGGAAAAGACUGGCUGAACUCCUGGUGGCUUCAUGUGAGUGCCAACUAUUAUCUUCGCCUUAAUUUGAUCACCAUGUUAUUUUCAGGUCUUUGCUGUUCUGGAUUACUCAUCAACAGUAUUAUUGUCCCAUUUCAUUCAGUAUUUGUGUGUUUAUGUUAAUGCCAAAUUGUAAGUACAAGUACCAAGUGCCAAACGGGAACCGUGCAAGUCAAUGAUUUUACAAAAGCAUAAAGGAAUUAAGAGCUUUCAGUCCAGUGAAAUACAAGAAGGCUUUUAAUUUGAAUUAUAUACAGGAAGUGUUGAGUUCGUAGAAAUCAAACCAAGGCUUUGUAUUAAAAUAUCACCAAAUAUACUGAUCAAAAAUAUUUACUUUCUGCAGUUAAGAUGAAUAAAGGCCCCAGCCAUGAUUUGAGGAAAUACAGUAUUCUAGCGAAGGUUAUUUUUUAAUUCACUCUUUUAAAAUCCUAUUUAUGUGUCUUUUUAUAUUGACCUCCUAACACGUUGUCUUAGUGUCUGUCCUGUCUUCUAUAAAGCACUUUCUGUUGCCUUUACAAAUAAAGUUGCCUCGUAGCAUGAUGAAACACAA